UCUUCAUCUUCUUAAUAUAGAAUGCCAUUAUAUUCGAUCAUGAGCCCAGAUAAACUGAGAUGGUUAGCCAGCUGUAUCAUUUCAGUCUGAUCUACUUAGAACCCUUGCUCCACGCCGAUCUUACGUUUCACCACUGCGCGAUCUUCCCCAGGUUCCUCAAGAGGUAGUUCUUUGCCGUCUGAACAGCUUCUAUGUACUCCAGCACGCAUCGGAUUAAUAGAUGAGGUCUGAAAAUGGAGAUGAUGUGGAUGAUAGGCCAUCGGCUCCAGCGAAAGAGCUGACUGCGCAAAAGACCGGACAUGAGGGUGAUCAGGAACAGGGACUGUUGUCUUUCGAGACCCUGAAUCCCGCGGGGAUUCUCAAAAUUCCCCAGAAAGCCGCGCAGAAAGGAGCCGAAUUUCUCUUCACGUCGACUACAGACCAAUCUGCGGAGAGUUCCGCAUCAGAAGAUGAAGACUCGCUGGAACCGGCUUUGUCGGACAGAUACCUCAAAACUGAUCCGGCAUUCAAUCCGAAUGAAGUCGCUCAUGGUCGGCUCCCAGGAGCGCCAAAAGUGACUACUCCAGGGCUCCGGGGCUCCAGUAACAGAAUCGGCAAUUCCGCGAAGCGCAAGGUCGCAGCAAUCGCACAUCCGAAACGAGCAGCAAAGCAGCGGUUUCAAUCAAAGACGGCAGUGAAACUGUCCAAGGCGACGCGGCCGUACAUCUCUAAGGAGUCGGAUCGUGAGUAUCUCGAGGCUCACGACGAACUGUUCAAGGCGGAAGCAGACCGUAAACAGGGAAAAGAAGAAAGAGAACGACGACGGAGCGGAGGCAGUUGGGUGUCACUUAAUCAAGAUGAAUGUCGAAAAUCAGAGAUCGAUGGAACGGAGACCGGGAGCGUCCGAGAGGGCAACGCCUGCACCAUCCAGAGGCGGAAACUCGAGAAGUUGGAGGCUCAUCGUGAGAGUCUUGCAAUUGCUUGGAUCACUGGUCGACAUAUCAAACGGGUACGGGUCGCGCCAACCCACGUUGUAGGCUAUCCGCGAUGGGACGAUGAAGAGUUCCUGGAGAAGGACGAGGCCGGGAAUGUUGUCCGUUUCAAAUGGGAGAGAUAUAUCGGCAAACUUCUGCUUUAUCACUCGCAGCCGUUUACGGCCAGGUAUGUCGAUGACACUUUGCACGAAUUAGAUUUUGACACAGAGAUCCUGGCAUAUUACAUCGAGCGUCUCGUCAUGGCGACGGAACCAUGGCAGCAGUGGGCCAUGGAAAUGAGACGGCUGUACCGGUGGGAAAAUCCAAAGAAAACUGGGAAGUGGUUUGCUGUAUUUCUGCUCCUUUGGUAUACAGAGCACAUUGUGGGUUUCUGUCAUAUGUAUGUGAUAUACAUCGUCCUCAAGAGCCGUUACUUUCCGUCCACGGCGGAAUCGGUUCGCGAGUCACUGGACAGAUCUAUCAAUAAAAGUGAACAAGCGCUACGUUGGGGCGAGAUUGUCGACCGACAUGGACGAGAGAAGUGGAUCGAGCCGCUUCUUGACGAGGUAGCACCGUUCAUCCAGCUUCAAGUUGGAGACAUUGCAGACUUCUUCGAGAUCUUGAGAAACUUCUAUAGAUGGAGAAACCCCAGCAAGACAGCGGCGACCCUUUUCUUCUUCGCUUCAUGCGCGACAGUGUCACUAUUUGCAGAUACCGCAUUCUGCAUGAAGAUCUUUUGGCUGGUCGCCAUCUUAAUGUUCUUUGUGAGCUUCCCAGUAUCGAGUCGAUGGCCGCAGUAUCGCAUUGUGGUCAGUCCACUGAGAUGGCCAGUCUGGGAUAUUCCCACAAACGCUGAAUGGGCAAUCCAAUAUCUCCAGAAGCAUGAAAUCCUGCGCAGGGAACAAGUUGCAGAACUGGAUGGCCAGGCCCCGUCUUCUGCGGCACCAGAGAGCGGCCUACCGGAGAGUCCUGAUGAUAGUGCAGCAGACUAUCUUGACGCUAUCGAAAUGUCACAGCAAGAGUCUGACUCGAAUGACGCUGAAAAAGAGACAACAGAUAGCAUGGGAAACUCCAGACGGGAUAUUAUUUCCUUCCAUGCAUAUCGUGGAGGCCACACUGGAUAUCUGUUGAUUUCUUCGAAUGGUCUGCGAUUCACGCAGACUCGCCCAUUAACUCUCCAUCCCAAGAAGCAUCGCCAACAUAAGAUAUGGUCUUAUCCUUUCUCUAGUCUGCUCGAGAUGAGCAAGAUCCACAGUGACAAUAAGUCCAGGCUGACGAGGUUGGGUCCUCACCUGGCGGCACUUUCCUUGGUAUUUCUCUCCGACGUUGCACCUACUUAUACGCAGAAGAGCGAUGAUGAAGGCGAUAUUGCGUCGGGGGCCAGGUCGGAGAAAAAUGUCUCGGUAGAAAUUCUAGAUAUGGAUAAGGCUACCCGGGAUGAGGUGUUUAAUCUCAUCAUUGGCAGGAGCAAGAUACGAUGGCGGGCGUUUACAGACUGCGACCAAGGAAGGCAUAAGGAAUCGGCAAAAAAGAAGAGGCCCCAUUUCAGAAGACAGAUAUAAUUGAAGUAUGGAUGGUAUGUACAUAGAUAUGACCAUGAUAUCCUCAUAUAGUAAUGAUGUGUUUCUGUUUUAUUUACUUGAGAUUCUAUUGAUCGACACGGCGUAAAACAGUCCAUUAUCAACCUGAUUUGUAGUAUCUCAUGUUACUACAGUAGUACAGUCCAGUCUCUUAUGGCACUUAGGCUACAGUUGUCAAAUAAUAGUCCCCACAGGAAGCUACGAACUCCUGAUGUCUUUAGCCGUUGAUACGGAAACGGUUUGAUCGACUGUGGUCCAACCUGUUACCUUACUGAGUAGUUAUCUCAGGUGGGUAUCGACCU